GAUUAUGAAAUAUUUUAUGUAAAAUAACGUAAACUCUUUCCAAGCCUAGGGUUUAGACCAAAAACCCGCCAGCGAUAUUCAGACUUCUUCCUCCAUAGUGUCCCUCUUCGCCGCCUUCUAGUCUCAUUAUAAAAAAUGGUGCAGUACAACUUUAAGAAGAUUACGGUGGUUCCCAAUGGGAAGGACUUUGUCGAUAUCAUUCUGUCUCGCACACAGCGUCAAACUCCUACUGUUGUCCACAAAGGAUAUGCUAUCUCUCGUAUACGUCAAUUUUACAUGCGCAAAGUGAAGUAUACACAGCAGAAUUUCUAUGACAAACUCUCCACCAUUAUUGAUGAGUUCCCCAGGCUUGACGAUAUCCAUCCUUUCUAUGGGGACCUUCUUCAUGUGCUCUACAACAAAGACCACUACAAGCUUGCCCUUGGCCAAAUUAAUACUGCUAGAAAUUUGAUUUCAAAAAUUGCUAAAGAUUAUGUAAAAUUGCUGAAGUAUGGCGACUCACUCUAUCGGUGCAAGUCCCUGAAGGUUGCUGCUCUUGGGCGCAUGUGCACUGUUAUAAAGCGCAUUGGCCCAAGUUUAGCUUAUUUAGAACAGAUUAGGCAGCACAUGGCAAGACUUCCCUCAAUUGAUCCCAAUACUAGGACAAUCUUGAUUUGUGGGUAUCCAAAUGUUGGAAAGAGCUCAUUCAUCAACAANGCUAAGGGUUCUUCUAAGAAGAGGAACAAGGAUGCUCGGCGGGGAGAGGAAAGCGAUCAACUGGGAAAACUGACCGGCGCUAGUAAACCAAGGUAUAUCUUGCUACNCUUGAUGAUCGUGUGCAACAAAACAGACUUGCAGCCAUUAGAAGGGAUUUCUGAGGAAGACAAGAAGUUAGUCGCAGAGAUGAAAGAUGAAGCCAUGAAGACAGUGAUGGGUCAAGGUGGCGAGGCAACUGAUGAAGCAGGUGUGUUGUUAACUAUGAGCACAUUGACCGAAGAUGGCGUGAUUUCAGUGAAGAAUGCAGCUUGUGAGAGGUUACUGAAUCAGAGGGUGGAAUUGAAAAUGAAGUCGAAAAAGUUGAAUGACUGCUUGAACCGCUUCCAUGUUGCUAUGCCAAAACCACGUGACCAGAAAGAGAGGCCAGUAUGCAUACCUCAGGCAGCGUUGGAAGCCAGAGCUAAGGAAGCUGAGGCAGAUGCUGAGAAACAGAAAAGGAAACUUGAGAGAGAUCUGGAGAAUGAGAACGGAGGUGCAGGUGUUUACUCUGCCAGCUUGAGGAAGCACUAUCUAUUAGCAAACGAGGAGUGGAAGGAAGAUGUAAUGCCAGAAAUUUUAGAUGGGCACAAUGUCUAUGACUUUAUUGACCCUGAUAUCUUACAAAGGCUUGAAGAAUUGGAGAGAGAAGAAGGUCUUCGUCAGGAUGAAGAAGGAGAUGAUGAUUUUGAGAUGGACGGCAUUGAGCUGACCCCUGAAGAACAAGCAGCAUUAGCUGAAAUCCGGAAACAGAAGAGUUUGCUCAUUCAACAGCAUAGAAUUAAGAAAAGCACUGCAGAGAGCCGACCCACUGUACCAAGAAAGUUUGACAAAGACAAGGAGUUCACUUCAAAAAGAAUGGGAAGGCAGUUAUCUGCUUUGGGGCUGGAUCCAACUCUAGCAAUCAAUCGAGCCCGUAGUAAAUCAAGGGGUCGUAAGCGAGAGAGAUCAGUUGAACGUGGAGAUGACAUUGGUAAGGAUGCAAUGGAUGUCGACGAGAUUACUCCCAACAAGAAGCAAAGAUUGAGGUCACUUUCCAUUACGGCAAGAUCAAGGUCAAGGUCACGACCUCCAGAUGAAUUUGUUCCAGGGGAGGGCUUAAAGGACAAAGCCCAGAAGAAGAUGGCUAUAAAGAUGGCUAAGGGUUCUUCUAAGAAGAGGAACAAGGAUGCUCGGCGGGGAGAGGCUGAUAGAGUUAUUCCUACUCUGAAACCAAAACAUCUCUUCUCAGGAAAGCGAUCAACUGGGAAAACUGACCGGCGCUAGUAAACCAAGAUGGCAUUUUAUCUUGGAAUUUGCUGAUGGUACCUGUCAAGAUGCUUGUGUUGCAAUAUCUUGGGUGGCGGACAGAGAGGCUGAAAGAAAACUCAGCUUAUUUAGGACACUUUGGCAGUUGAAUUUUCCGUCAUCUGUUAUUUUGAGCUUUCCUUGCUGUUUAUUUAGGCUAUUUUUCAUACUGUUUUUUAACUUUAAAUUGUGGAAGAAUGCAAGUGUUUUUGUAAAACAAAGAUAUGACGAAGAUGUCAGGAAUUCAAUCUAUUGAAAUGGCAAGACCAAGACUACAGAUUAAGUAUUUAAGUUUGUGCUUAAGAUGCAGCUGAGCUUGCUGCCUCUAUAUGCCUUUUUUGGAACUUAGAUACCUGUUAUAAGAUUGUGUUUUCCCCGA